GUAGCAGCUCAUUUAUCUAUAAUAUUUAAAUAUAAUAUCCAAUAUAGUCAAUUAUACUAACAACUAAAUCAUCUUAAAGUGCAAUAAAAUAUUCAGAUUUAAUGUUAUAUUCAAAAAUUAUGUUUCAGAUAUUCCAUAAAAUUUUUGUUGUAUUUUUAUUUUGUUUUACAAUAGUACAUUCAAUGCAGACAAAUAAAGUAAAUUCAAGUAAUGCUGAAGAAAUACUAUCACCUGAAAAUACAUGUUUGAUUUGUUUGACAAGACCAAAAACAGUUACCCUGAAGCCUUGUGGACACAUGUUUUGUAAUACUUGUAUCAAUUAUUAUGUGGGCCAUUAUAAUUAUAGUAGAUGUUCUGUAUGCUGUCGUGAAUUCACAUCGAUUAUUGGAAUAAUUCCAGAAGAUCUUCCAAAACUUGAUGAUCAAUCACAAUCUCUAACUGGAGGAAAUGAUGAAAUUGAUAGAUCAAUAGUUGACAGGUAUCAUCGUAUGGAACCACUUACAAGUGAAUCAUUUGAAAUUUUCAGUGAAAGUCUUACGAGAAAAGAUUUUUCUAUAUUUGACUUAAUCGCCCGUUAUUUAUACUUACGAAGGAAUGAAAAUCCUGAUGAUAAGCUAAUUAAAGACGUGGAAAAUGGUUUCCUGGAACAAAAUAGUACAAACAUUUCUUGUGAUUGGCAUGAUUUGUACUUCAGUUUAGUAAAUUGUGAUGAUGAGCAGGAGGAAUUUUUAGUAUACAUUGGGUGGUUUAGACCCAAACUAAAUCAAUAUGAAAAAGAUAUGUUAAAGAGUUAUUAUAUCAGACAAGGACUAAAUCCUGACGAAGAAUUUUUCAAAAGAGCAGAAUAUGUUUAUAAUACAAUGUAAUAAGAUAAUUUAAAACUAAAAAUAAAAAAAAAUGCAUUUGAAAAUGAAUUCAUCUUUGAAUAUUAUAUGUUUCCAAUUUUUAAAAUGUUAUUUUUUUACAUUAUCUUGGAAACAAUAUUUAAUAACAAAUAUCGAUUGUUUGAUAACUAUUUAAAAUAUUAGCAUUUAAAAAUAUAAAUAAAUAAAUU